AUGGCGAUAUACUACGACCAUUACACCACCAACUGCUGCCCCCUGCGCUACGAGGUCUUCAUGUUUUUCUGUGAUGUCCCCUCCUUGCUGAAGAUCUCUUGUUCGGAAUUACAUGCAAACCUCGAUUUGACUCUGAACAAUCACACCUCAGUAACCAGAUUCCUCCUUCUGGGGUUCCUGGAGGUCCGGGAGCUGCAGCUGGUCCACGCCACACUGUUUCUCCUGGCCUACCUGGUGGCCCUGACGGGGAAUCUUCUUAUCAUCGCCAUCACCGCCUUUGACCAGCGCCUCCACAGUCCCAUGUACUUUUUCCUCAGGCACCUGUCCGUCCUCGACCUUUGCCUCAUCUCCGUCACUGUUCCCAAGUCCAUCCUCAACUCCUUGACCAACAGCAGAUCCAUCUCCUUCGUGGGGUGUACUACACCGCUACGCAGCCAUCUGCUGCCCCUUGCACUAUGA